AUGGGGAAUUGCAGAUCUAAGCCACUUAAGGGAGUUGAGAAGAAGGCAUCUACAGUCGAAUUGCGCAUAGAGAAGAGGAAAUUAGUUGAACUACAAGAUGGAAUAACAUAUGAAGGUGAAUGGUUAGGUGAUCGUAAACAUGGCUAUGGUAUUCAAAAGUGGCCUGAUGGUGCAGUAUUUAAAGGUAAUUUUUUUAAUGGAAUGGCCAAUGGAUAUGGAGUUUUUAUUCACACUGAUGGAGAUAAGUACGAGGGUGAAUGGCAGAAUGAUAGAGCUCAUGGUUUCGGUACAUAUACUCAUUCAGAUGGUAGUAAAUAUGUAGGAGAAUGGAAAAAUGACAAGAAGCAUGGAAAAGCUGUUGAGACGUGGGUAGAUGGGAGCAAGUUUGAAGGUAAUUAUGCCUAUGGAUUGAAACAAGGGUUUGGGAGAUUUUCAUGGCAUGACAAUUCAAAAUAUAUAGGGAAUUUUGAUGCCAAUCAAAUUAAUGGAUAUGGUGUUUAUUAUUGGAGUGAUGGGCGUUUAUAUACAGGCUGUUGGCUUAAAAAUCACAUGUUUGGAUUUGGGAAAUUUGAUUGGACAGAUAAUAGAUGCUAUGAAGGUCAAUAUAUUAAUGACAAGAAGGAUGGAGAAGGGAAAUUUGUUUGGCCUGAUGGUAGGGCAUAUAUUGGCCAGUGGAGAAAUGGUAAACAACAUGGCAUUGGUAUAUUUUACAAUGUUAAAGGGGAAGGUAAAAUUGGCGAAUGGAAAGAUGGGAAUCGAUUAAGAUGGAUAAAGAGCUUGUCAGACAACGGAUUUGAUGCGGAAAUUGAGGGUUUGAAGAGUGAAUAUACUAAACAAAGGGAGGAUUAUCUAAAAGCUAGUGAUUUGUGGGAGGAUUACAAGAAAUUACCUAAGACGAAUGCAGAACUACAACAAUUAAGAUUAACACAGAAGUAUGAUGAGUUCCUGGAAAUCUUAGAAACUCCACCAAAUGAUGAUAAUAAUGAAAGAAAGGAACCUGAACAGCCACAUACUCCACAAAAAUCACUAUUAGUGGGGGAACCUCAUAAUGAAGAUACUCAACAAAAGGAAGUAAAGUUGUCUAGUUCUAAACCUCAAUAUGAUGAACAAAAUAAUAGUGGUGAUGAUAUAACUAAUAAAGAAAAGAAUGUAGAUAUGACUGAAGUGGAUAAAGUGAGCCAUGAAGAGAUUUCAGAGACUCAAAAGGUUUCUGAGAAUGAGCAUUCUGUUGUUAAUAGUAAUAAAGAGGAAGAACAAGUUGUAGAGGAUCACUCCAACUCACAACAUCUUCCUGAGGAAGCAACUGAAGUUGAAAUAGAAUUGGGUAAUUCAGAACAUGAGGAACAAGUGGUAGAAUGUGAUGGGACUCCAAAACAUCAAGUUGAGGAGUUUCAAGACGGCAAUAAUAACACACUAGGAGAAGAUGAAAUUAUAGAACAAGAAGUACAGGAUGACAUGCCUAAGGAUACAGUUGAUCUUGAGGAGACAGUUAAUGAAGAUCAAGGUGACCGCGACUUAGUAGCUGAAAAUGAAGCUAGAUCAGAGGAUAAGUGA